UAUGAUCAAUUCCGUGGCCCGUGCAUGACAGCUAUUGUCCUCGCGCUUGAAACGCAACACCUGCACGACUAAACUAAAGCCAUUUGCGACAGAGGAAAGCAUGACAGAUAAGGGGAACAUCCGAGACGAGGAGGACUAUGUUGGGGAGAUCAAAGGGGGUCUACGGCCGACCAUGAGGCUGGUAGUGAUGGGUAUUGUUCACAAGCAGCCCAAAAGUAUGGUGGUUUUAGUGGCAUGCCAGUCUAAAGGGGAGGGGGAUGAGGAAAUCGAGGGUGAUGUGGGUCUGGAGUUGAAGGUGAACUUUUCACAAAAGGCUGUGCUUCGUAACGCUCGUCUGUCAGGACAGUGGGGCGCUUCAGAAACUGCCCUGUCUUUCUUCCCCUUUGCUCCAGGAGAGCCCUUUAAGAUGGAGAUUGUGUGCGAGCACCAGCAGUUCCGUAUUCUGGUGGAUGGGCAGCCGUUGUGUGGUUUCACUCACAGACUGACUCCGCUCGCAUCUCUCACUGCUCUUAGAGUCCAUGGAGACCUACAGCUCACUAAAGUGGCUUGAGCAAGUGAAGAAUUGUCUGUCAAGAUGACACAGACUAUUCACAGAAGGAACUGAGCUGAGGUUUUAAAAUCCUGAAUGUACUGUACACAAUUGGCUUUAAGUUCCAGAACUCCCUCAGUUCGUUUAAAACAUCUAGAACUUAUUUCAGUUGGGUCUGUUUGUUUUGAUGAACUAAUUGCCCAUUUUAUAUAGUUUCUCCAGUGAUUUUUAUUUGUAGUGGCAAAUGAGGCUGUUCAUUUUAAAAUGGUUUUGCAUAUGUUUGGACACAUUUCUGAAGGAGUUGUGUUACCUCAUGUGCACAAAUCCAGAUAGCAUAAAAAUUCAAAUUAAGAGUGAUUUGCCAUAAACUAGCACAGAUAGAUUUCUUUCAUAUAGUUUUUAUAAUACAUAAUGUACUACCUGACAUUUUUGUUUGCUUUUGAUUAGAUAUUUAGUUU